UUUUAAAAACAAAUGCAUUCUCUGUGUGGACGAAUGACGCCACAAAGCAGGGAAUCCUUUCCGUUCACAGUCGUGAGAACAGGAAGUUUCCACAGGUUGUUGAUUGUGUAGACCUGGGCACCGGCGUGCACUCAGCUCACAGGUGCUGCAGAUUUGGAACAGGAGCCUGGUUUCCUGCAGCUGCAGCAGCUGCAGCGGUUGGAGGAGACCCGGCCAUUCAGAGCGACUGGCCAGCACAGACUGCAGUGCUUCUUUAUCGAUUCAGCCAGCAGUGGGCUAAUAUUGACAAGUGCCGCACUUGUGCCAAGCUGUCGUAAUCGGGCGGGCUGAGGCUUUUAAAUUCAACGUCAGAUUAAGUUUGACCAACGCACUGGCCCGGAGCGCGAUCGGGCCAAUCGGCGUGGAGAUCAGCACCACGUUCCCCGGCUCUCCUAUCCCCCACCGCCAGCCCCCCCUCCUGCCCCUGCUCUCUCUCCUCUCUCUCCCUCUCUCUCUCUCUUCCUCUCCAUCUCUCUUCUCCGUUAGUUGCAAAAAGCUCUGCAGCUGGGCUACACCUUCAAUGAACCUAAUUGGUGCGCUGUGAGCGACCAUCAUCCAGACACUGGAUUUCCUCCGCGCCCGGCUCUCCUCCAGAACAUAUGAAUCUGCUCACAUAGACGCUUUUCAGGAGUUGAACAGAUAGGUCGGAGAAGAAGAAAAAAGAAGAAAGAAAAAUGGCACAACGCCUGCUUCUGUUUCUGCUGUGGCUGUGUGACACAUCAUCUGCAGGAUUCCCCAAUCAGAUAAAUAUCGGGGGACUCUUCAUGCGCUCCACGGUGCAGGAGCACAGCGCGUUCAGGUUCGCUGUCCAACUCUACAACACCAACCAAAACACCACGGAGAAGCCUUUCCACCUCAACUACAAUGUCGACAACCUGGAGUCGUCCAACAGCUUCUCCGUCACCCACGCGUUUUGCUCCCAGUUCUCCCGCGGCGUCUACGCCAUCUUCGGAUUCUACGACAGGAAGUCCAUGAACACCCUGACCUCCUUCUGCGGCGCGCUGCACACCUCCUUCGUCACGCCAAGCUUCCCCACCGAUAACGAGGUGCAGUUUGUCAUCCAGAUGCGCCCCGCCCUCAGAGGAGCCGUCCUCAGCCUGCUGUCUCACUACAAGUGGCAGAAGUUCGUCUACCUGUACGACACCGACCGAGGUUUCUCUAUACUGCAGGCCAUCAUGGAGUCAGCAGUGGCCAAUAACUGGCAGGUGACCGCCCGCUCUGUCAGCAGCACAACGGACGCCGGAGAGUUCAGACGCAUCAUUGAGGAGAUGGACAGAAGGCAGGAGAAACGCUACGUGAUCGACUGUGAAGUGGACAGAAUCAACACCAUACUGGAACAGGUUGUGACCCUGGGAAAGAACAGCCGUGGUUACCACUACAUUCUGGCCAAUCUUGGAUUCACUAACGUGAGCUUGGACAAAGUCUUUGCCGGCGGAGCCAACAUUUCAGGAUUUCAGAUUGUCAACCCUGAGAAUCCGAUUGUGCAGCAGUUUAUGCAACGCUGGGAGAGGCUAGAUGAAAGAGAAUUCCCAGAAGCCAGAAACACUCCUCUGAAGUGAAUAUCAGCGUUGACCCAUGAUGCCAUACUGGUGAUAGCAGAGGCUUUCAGGUACCUGCGACGCCAACGUGUGGAUGUCUCUCGACGAGGCAGUGCCGGGGACUGUCUAGCCAAUCCCGCCGUGCCCUGGAGCCAAGGCAUUGACAUUGAGAGAGCUCUGAAAACGGUACAAGUGCAGGGUAUGACCGGCAACAUCCAGUUCGACAACUACGGCCGCAGGACCAACUUCACCAUCGAUGUUUAUGAGAUGAAACUAGGAGGGCCGAGGAAGAUUGGGUACUGGAACGAGUACACACGAUUUGUAAAUAUUAUGGACCCGCAGGUCUCCAACGACUCCUCAGUGGAAAACCGAACGAUUGUGGUCACUACUAUUAUGGAAGCUCCUUAUGUGAUGUACAAGAAAAAUUAUAUGCAUCUGGAGGGGAAUGACAGAUAUGAAGGCUACUGCGUCGAUUUAGCAUCUGAGAUUGCCAAACAUGUUGGAAUUAAGUACAAACUGUCUAUAGUAAUGGAUGGGAAGUAUGGAGCCCGAGACCCCGAGACCAAGACGUGGAACGGGAUGGUGGGUGAACUGGUCUAUGGGAGAGCAGAUAUAGCUGUUGCGCCUCUCACCAUUACUCUGGUUCGAGAGGAGGUGAUAGACUUUUCCAAGCCAUUUAUGAGCUUGGGCAUCUCCAUUAUGAUAAAGAAGCCCCAAAAGUCCAAGCCCGGUGUCUUCUCCUUCCUGGACCCGUUGGCCUACGAGAUCUGGAUGUGUAUAGUGUUCGCUUACAUCGGCGUGAGCGUGGUCCUGUUCCUGGUCAGCCGCUUUAGUCCUUACGAGUGGAACCUGGAGGAACAGGACGAGACCAAAGAUCCCCAGACUCCCCCUGAUCCUCCCAACGACUUUGGCAUUUUCAACUCUCUCUGGUUCUCACUCGGCGCCUUCAUGCAGCAGGGAUGUGACAUCUCCCCAAGGUCACUGUCAGGCCGUAUCGUAGGUGGUGUGUGGUGGUUCUUCACCCUCAUCAUCAUCUCCUCCUACACGGCCAACCUGGCUGCCUUCUUGACAGUGGAGAGGAUGGUGUCUCCCAUCGAGAGUGCCGAAGAUCUGGCCAAGCAGACAGAGAUAGCAUACGGCACUCUGGACUCAGGCUCCACCAAAGAGUUUUUUAGGCGAUCCAAAAUAGCAGUGUACGAGAAGAUGUGGUCGUACAUGAAAUCUGCCGAACCCUCGGUGUUUGUUAAGACCACGCCCGAUGGCGUAGCCCGGGUAAGAAAGUCGAAAGGCAAGUUUGCCUUUCUCCUCGAGUCCACCAUGAAUGAGUACAUCGAGCAGCGGAAGCCGUGCGACACCAUGAAAGUGGGCGGGAACCUGGACUCGAAAGGAUACGGUGUGGCGACGCCCAAAGGCUCAGCAUUAAGAAAUGCUGUUAACCUGGCAGUUUUAAAACUGAAUGAGCAAGGCCUCUUGGACAAAUUGAAAAACAAAUGGUGGUACGACAAGGGAGAGUGCGGCAGCGGGGGAGGUGACUCCAAGGACAAGACAAGUGCUCUCAGUCUGAGCAAUGUGGCGGGUGUCUUCUAUAUUCUGGUUGGAGGGCUAGGGCUGGCCAUGAUGGUGGCUCUGAUAGAGUUCUGUUAUAAAUCACGACAAGAAACCAAACGGCUGAAAUUGGCCAAGAAUGCCCAAAAUUUUAAGCCUGCUCCCCCGACCAACACCCAGAACUUUGCCACAUACAGAGAAGGCUACAAUGUGUACGGAACCGAGAGCGUAAAGAUCUAGAGGUUGUGGCAACACUUUGAUUGGUCCUUACGACUGUGACUAAACAUAUACAGUACUGAAGGACAAGAUCACGGGGGAUUAAGUUCCAGAGCCAAAUCCUUUGUAUGUUGACACAGCAUGAUAAUCUGCAAUGAUGACACGACUGGACUGGUCACGUGAAGAACCGAUUGCGGUUCCUUCCUCUCAGUGCCUUAUGGAACUCUGUGUCCAAACCAACGCAACUCAUUCACAGUGAUGUUGCUUUUUCUUUGCUUGAGACUCAUACGAAACAGAAGAAUGGUGCAGUGAUUUCACCGUAUAUUUAUAUAUGUACAUAUACACCUACAUGUACAUGUAUACAUAUAUAUGAACGA